UAGGAACAUGAGCUGCUUUAUUCAGCAAUAGUUGUUAGACUGGUUAUGAGAGCCAGACGGAUAGCUGCUGCUGCCAUGCAAACAGGAUACAGCUCUUCUACAUUCUGAAAAUCUUAGCUGUUAUUUGAACCUUAUUCUCCCAAUGGUUGCAUAAAGAUCCUAUAUCCACCUGAGAAAAUGUUCCAAAUCCUGACAAGGCUGUUGCUGGAAAUGCAGCUCUGUGCGGUUUCAGCUUUAUUCACAGUUGAAGUUCCUCAGCAGCUAUACGUUGUGGAGUAUGGGAGCAAUGUGACCAUGGAAUGCAGAUUCCCCGUGAACAGCUCAUUGAACCUGGGACUCCUGAGUGUUGUCUGGGAGCAGAAGAGGCAAGGUCAGCUGGAAUCAAGAGAUGUGUACACAUUUCACAAUGGGAAAGCACUCCUUUCAUCCCAACAUCAUGAUUACAUGGGAAGAGCAGCUCUGUUACACAACGAAUUGAAAUCGGGACGAGCUAUCCUUCAAAUCACCAGCGUCAAGAUCACAGAUGCAGGAUCUUACCUUUGUCUCAUUGACUACCAAGGUGCUGACUACAAGUACAUUACUUUGGAAGUAAAAGCAUCCUACAAGACAAUAAACACACAGAAAACAAGAAAGUGGAAUGAAGAUAAGUUUGCUUUCAUAUGCCAGUCAGAAGGCUUUCCUCUGGCAGAGGUAUUCUGGCAAAACGAAAAGAACUUCAGUCUCAGUGGGUCUGCAAAUACCACCUACACACUGACUGCAGACGGUCUCUACAAUGUCACCAGCAUCCUGAUAUUCAACCAAAACAUGAAUGAGAACUACAGCUGCAUAUUCUGGAAUAAAGAACUGAACGAAAAUACUUCAGCUCACAUUUACUCUUUAGCUUUAAUGAGUACACAGUAUGGUGGACAAAAGUCCCUGAUCUUAUUUAUCGUCGCCACGUGUGUGAUAAUACUGGCAUUUCUCUCUGCAUUAACAAUCUUUCAAAAGAGAAAAUCAUUCAAGAAUUGCCGUGCUAAAAAAGACAGGAAAGGAAAAUUGAGCCCUAAUGUGACAGAUGAGAACAGAGACUACUGUAAUUCUCAAAUGGAGAAUUCACACUUGUCAACCGUCCCAUUUUCUGGAGAAAGCAGGAAUGUGAGUCUGUGAAAAUUCAUCAUCUCACAUGCAGCAAUUUGCACUUUUUUUUACCUGUUUUUGAGGACUUCAGAGAAAAGCUACCACACCAGGUUCAGAUGAACAGAUGAACUCAUGGAUUUGUUGGCACUAGAGCAAUGGACAGCUGUACAUCUUCAGAUACAGUAUCUUGAAGUUACUGAGAAUUAUGCUGUCAUUCAAUAUGGUUUGCCACUGGAAGAAGGUUUUCUCCAGUUCUUUUGAUUCACUUUAUUUUUGAACUUACUGUGGCUCAAUGAAAUUUAGUUCAAAGAGCACUUUUAUUAACUGAUACAGUCUCAAGAAUGUUGCUUGGAUUCAAACAUCCUGUGGGAAUUUGAAUAAAAGCUAUAUAUGCUGCCCUAUA